UUAGACGUUUUUACAAAAUAUGUUGGCAGUUUGGUGUGGUCUGGGUUAGAAUAAAUAAGUAGUAUUUAUAUACUUUUUAUAACUACUUACUUAUUUGGUAGAAAUGGGUUUGAUUGAGUAAUUAAUUGGUAAAAUGGUGAGAAAACCGAAGAAAUCGUUCUGGCGCGUGACCAGGAAAACGUUAAAGCAUUUGGGGAUAUUGGGAUUCAGCAAAAAUGAAAACAUCCUAGGUAUCAACCCUAUUAUCAUUUCCACUGCCUAUAUACUUCUCACUUUGUUCCUUGCAACUGUAUUAAGAAAAAUAGUUAAAAUAAUUUAUGGUGACAGCGAAAAGUUCAGCAAACAGUUACUAUUAGAAUUUAUUGCCACUUUGGAACUGUGUGCUUGUUGUUAUGAACUCAUUAUAAUUGCUGAUAACUGGGGUAUAUCAGCUUACGCAUUCUACCUAUUUUUGCUGACCGUUUGGUGGGGAUCGAACUGGGAAAGUGCAAGUGCAUGUCCAUAUUCUCCUAUAGAAGAAGUUAUUGAAGGUAACCAAGAUAUUAAAACGGCCUUUUGGUUGAUCGGUGCACAGUUAGCCGGAGCCCUUCUAACAUUCAGAUAUGUUCAAGUUCUUUGGUCACUAGAAUUAGUAGAAACCCACCUAGAUAAAGCCUAUGAAGACUGCACAACAGAUCUGCAAGUAGACACAGGUCUUGGAACGAUAAUAGAAGCAUCGGCUACAUGUCUGUGUAGAAUCGUUUCGAGAAUUUUAAGCGAAUCCGACGCCAAACUGGGUAAUUAUUUCGACGCCUUUUUUGGGACCAUGAUGGUGGUUGCAGCAUUCAACUUCUCCGGAGGUUACUUCAACCCAGCGUUGGCGACAUCUUUGAAGCUUGGUUGUGAUGGAAAUACCUUUGUGGAACAUGUGAUAGUCUACUGGUUUGGAGCCAUCGCUGGCGCCAUCCUAUCUAUUUUCCUAUAUAAAUCAGUGUUCAUCCAAAACAUAAUAGCUUCAGUGAAGCCAAAAACCGAAUAGUAUAUUAUAUGAUGCAUUUAUCUCGAAUGUUGUUAAGUUAAUAAAUUGAAUGGUAAUGGAUGUGUGUUCAAAGAUGUUUUGUAUCACUGGAACUAUUGAAUUCGAUAAUUAACUGUUAAUUUACUUAUAGUAAAAUGAACCUGUCAAAUCUUAACUGUUCACACAUCUCUUACUCGCUAAAAUGUGUUCAUAACCUUUGGUGUUAUCGAAAUAAAUGCAAUGCAAAACGAAAUCUGUAACCAUCUUGUUAUUUAAUACAAAAUAAAAAUUGUUUUCAAUUA